UCUCGCGAGAUGUAGAGUUGCCGUAGCCUUAGGAGAGGGGCGGAGGUCUAGAGGUGCACCACGUGGGGGUUGCUGCGGGAUCUGAGUCUCCUGCAGGCUUUCAAUCUGGUUUUAGGUGGAAGUUGGAACCGCGGAAAUGCGGAAGGAAACUCCGCAGCCCCUAAUGCCCCCGGCAGCCCGCGAGUGGAACCUUCCUCCUAAUGCUCCCGCUUGCAUGGAACGGCAGUUGGAAGCUUCGCGGUACCGGUCCGAUGGAGCGCUUCUGCUCGGGGCCUCCAGCCUGAGUGGGCGUUGCUGGGCUGGCUCCCUCUGGUUUUUUAAGGAUCCUUGUGCCGCCCCCAACGAAGGCUUCUGCUCCGCUGGAGUCCAGACAGAGGCAGGAGUGGCUGACCUCACUUGGGUAGGGGACAGAGGUAUCCUAGUGGCUUCCGAUUCAGGUGCUGUUGAGUUGUGGGAGCUGGAUGAGAAUGAGACACUUAUUGUCAGCAAGUUCUGCAAGUAUGAACAUGAUGACAUUGUGUCUACAGUCAGUGUCCUGAGCUCUGGCACACAAGCUGUCAGUGGUAGCAAGGACUUCUGCAUCAAGGUUUGGGACCUUGCUCAGCAGAUGGUUCUGAAUUCAUACCGAGCUCAUGCUGGCCAGGUUACUUGUGUUGCUGCUUCUCCCCACAAGGACACUGUGUUUCUUUCAUGCAGUGAGGACAAUAGAAUUUUACUCUGGGAUAACCGCUGUCCCAAGCCAGCAUCACAGAUGGGCUACAGUGCCUCUGGCUACCUUCCUACUUCACUGGCUUGGCAUCCUCGGCAAAGUGAAGUCUUUGUCUUUGGUGACGAAAAUGGGACUAUCUCCCUGGUGGAUACCAAGAGUGCAAGCUGUGCCCUGAGCUCACCUGUACAUUCCCAGUGUGUUACUAGGCUGGUGUUCUCCCCACACAGUGUUCCCUUCCUUGCCUCUCUCAGUGAAGACUGCUCACUUACUGUGCUGGACUCCAGCCUUUCUGAGGUGUUUAGAAGCCGUGCCCACAGAGACUUUGUGAGAGAUGCUACUUGGUCCCCGCUCAAUCACUCUCUCCUUACCACAGUGGGCUGGGACCAUCAGGUCAUCCACCAUAUUGUGCCCACAGAACCUCUCCCAGCCCCUGGACCUGAAAGUGUUGCUGAAUAGAUUGGAUUUAAGACAAAAAGCAAGUCCCCCAAUGAGUAUCGGCCUCUUUGUGCCUGCCUCCUCAGCUUGGGAGAUAACGCAGGAACCUUCUAUAGUAUGUUGAUACACAAGAACUGUGUAGUUAAUUGGCAUUGUCUCUCAGUCUGAGGAAGGCUGGAUUCUGGGAUCUUGUAGUCACAGAGGAAAAACUUUUUUAAAAAUGGAUAUGUAUGUGUGUCUGAGUGUGUGUGUAGAUCUAUAGUUACUGGUGCGGGGGGAAUAUAGAUAUCCAUC